GCUCCAGGGCUCCGAUUGGCCGAGGCGGCCGUCGGGCGGCGUGGGCGGCGCGGGGAUUGGUUGAGGCCGGCCAGCGGGACGCCGCAGCCGAGUGCUGGCUCGCGGGCUGGGCUGCUUGCUGGCUGGCCGGGCGCGGACGCCGCGCGGAGAAGCCCAGCCAUGGUGGACCACUUGGCGAACACGGAGAUCAACAGCCAGCGGAUCGCGGCGGUGGAGAGCUGUUUCGGGGCGUCCGGGCAGCCGCUGGCCCUGCCGGGCCGAGUGCUGCUGGGCGAGGGCGUGCUGACCAAGGAGUGCCGCAAGAAGGCCAAACCCCGCAUCUUCUUCCUCUUCAACGACAUCCUGGUGUAUGGCAGCAUUGUGCUCAACAAGCGCAAGUACCGCAGCCAGCACAUCAUCCCUCUGGAGGAGGUCACGCUGGAGCCGCUGCCCGAGACCGUGCAGGCCAAGAACCGCUGGAUGAUCAAGACGGCCAAGAAGUCCUUCGUGGUGUCGGCCGCCUCCACCACGGAGCGCCAGGAGUGGAUCAGCCACAUUGAGGAGUGUGUGCGGCGGCAGCUGCUGGCCACGGGCCGCCAGCCCACCACGGAGCACGCGGCGCCCUGGAUCCCCGACAAGGCCACGGACAUCUGCAUGCGCUGCACGCACACGCGCUUCUCGGCUCUCACCCGGCGCCACCACUGCCGCAAGUGUGGCUUUGUGGUCUGCGCCGAGUGCUCCCGCGAGCGCUUCCUGCUGCCGCGCCUCUCGCCCAAGCCCCUGCGCGUGUGCAGCCUCUGCUACCGGGAGCUGGCCGCCCAGAAGCUGAAGGAGGAGGCGGAGGAGCAGGGCCAGGGAUCCCCAGGACAGCUGGCCCAGCGGGCCGGAGCCCUUUACGGGGCAUCCAGUGGCGAUGACGAUGACUCGGAGGAGGACAAGGAGGGCAGCGGGGAUGGCGACUGGCCCAGCCACGUGGAGUUCUAUGCCUCGGGCGUCUCCUGGUCGGCCUUUCACAGCUGACGCAGGCCUGUGAAGCUCCUGGGUGCAAGCCGGCUCCACUGCCCAAGCCCUAGGAGCAGCCCCAGGACCCCGCCCUGUAGUAGGAGGUGCAGGAUGGGGCUGGUUCCUUCCCUCGGGAUUCCCAGAGCCAACAUCUUCUCUGUGCACUAAGGGACUCACCUCUCCAUUCAGUACCCAGACACGGAGGCGUCUGGGGAACAAGUGCCAUUUCUCAGCCCUCCAGGCGCCAGACAAGCCCUUGAAUUAGAUGACCCAGGUACCCUGGGAUGUAGGGACCCCAGGGAUGUUCAGAGUGCAGAGAAAGCAGGACAGGAGUCAGGGUCCUCUCUUUUCUGGAGGUGCAGAGCCUUAGAACCCCGCUUCUGGGGCCGGUGCCAUGGCACAGUAGGUUAAUCCUCCACCUGCGGUGCCAGCAUCCCAUAUGGGCGCUGGUUCUAGUCCUGGUUGCUCCUCUUCCAGUCCAGCUCUCUGCUAUGGCCUGGGAGGGCAGUGGAGGAUGUCCCAAGUGCUUGGGCCCUGCAACCCAUGGGAGACCAGGAAGAAGCACCUGGCUCCUGGCUUCAGAGAGGUGUAGCUCCGGCCAUUGCGGCCAUUUAGGGAGUGAGCCAAUGGAAGGAAGACCUUUCUCUCUGUCUCUCUCACUGUCUGUAACUCUAUCUGUCAAAUAAAUAAAUAAAAAUCUUAAAAAAAAAAAAAAGAACCCCGCUCC